AUGUUUAAAUACGGUUCUUUUGCGGGUCUUUUCACUCGAUUUGGAGGAAUUCAAGCUAAGAGACUAUAUCAAAUACCAGUUAAACCAGGUAAAAAAAUCAUACCAGUAUAUCCAGCAGCUGAACCUAAUAUUGAACGUAAAUUGGUGUGUGAAAGGUUAUCUCAACAAGAUAUUGAAGAUAAACUGGACGUUACGAAAUGGAGGAGAAGAAUGUUAGGUAGAUAUCCUCCGGCACCUAAUGAAGUAUCUUUAAAGAUAAAAUCUGGUGAUAUCGUUCGUGUUGUUUAUGAUUCUAAUAAAUCAGACAAUGAUUCAUUUGUUGGUUAUGUUUUGGGUGUUGAUAGAAAACGUUUGAUCCAAGAUUCAUCAUUGCUGUUGCGUAAUCAAAUUAGUAAAACGUUUGUAGAAUUGAGAGUACCAAUGUUUUCACCAUUAAUUGAAAGAAUUGACAUAUUGAAGAGAACAGACGAUGUUCCUAACAAGAGGAAAAGAAGAAGAAACAAGCAUUAUUACAUUAGAGGCACUAAGUUGGAUGUUGGUGAUUUAGAAGCGAUGUUAAGAAAGAGAAGAUAA